AGUAUAGCGGAACUUUAAACUUUUGAGUUCAAAAUGUCUAACUAUUUAUUCGGCACUUGCCCGUAUAAUAAAAACCAUCGCAUUAUGCUCUUCCGCAUGCCAGGACACAUUGUAAAAUGUAUGCAAAAUUACCGCGGUCCGCCAUUGCACACAUGCAAAUACAAUGCCACACACCGCGUGCUCGACAUGGAAGAGCAUCUGAAAGAAUGUGAGGACUACAUGAAGUUUACUGAGACUAAUUCAUACAUAGCUGAUUCAUACUGUAUAGCCAAUACGAUUCACGGGACAUCGGUUCUUACAGAUGAAGAUACUGUAUAGACAAAAUGUCUUAUUGUUGUAACUUUAAUCUUUCUAUGAUUUGCCUUUUGUGCACUAUUUAAGCUAUAUGGAGAGCAUUAUGUGAACGAAUAUUGUUAAUAUUUCAUUAUUUAAGAAACAAACGUACAAUCCAUGUACAAAUUAUCGAUGAACAGCUAAUGUGCACCAAUAUUAGUAUAUUCUUUUUCAUCAAAAAAAUUUCUAAUGUCAUAAUUAAAAAUAAAAGGAACAUACUGUGUAUGAAGAACCACCAUAUUCGAUAAGAGAGAAUCACAUUACGAUUUAAAAAAUAUAUGUUUAUUAUGAACCUAACUCAAUAAA